CAGGCAGGUGUUCAGGCUGUGGUCGGGAAGCAGGCUCUAAAGGCCCACGGCUCCCUGGCUUCUCUGUGGACUCCUCCUCUGAAAGCAAACGUCUCUCUGGAGACGUCUAAAGCCAGCUGCUCCCUGCUGAUGAGCUCCACAUACGGAAGGCAAAAUGUCAGCUUUGCUGCUGCAGUGAGCGCCACGGAUAAGAAUCUGAAGAAGAAGCAGGCGGUUGUGAAGAUCAGCUUCUCCCAGCCGAAGAGUCGAAGCAUGGAGGUGGAGCUGGAGGGGGGGGUGGAGGAGCUGAGGAGGGACAGCAGGAUGUAUCAGAAAGCAGCUCUGCUCCACCUCAGACAGCCCUUCCAAACCUUCCCUCAGACCCUUUUUCUGCGGGAGACCUUCACAGUGGACCUCUUUGAGGGCUCCUACAUUUUGGAGUCAAAGGCCGGCCUCGACACCAAGGAGAUCAUCCACACCCUGACUCUUGGCUACAAACCCCCAAAUCCAUUUGUUUGUUCUACACUCAUUCACACCUUCAGCUCCGAUGCUUUUCCAUCAGACUGCGAGGUCUGCCUGACUCUCACCAACAACCAGACACACAGACGUAUCCGAGGGGAGUUACUGGUUAACAGUGAGGAGAAACUGAACUUCGUUGGGCAGCUUCAACGGAGCCAUUCGCAUUCAGACCAACAAGCAAUAAAAGUUAGAGCCAACUUCAGUCAGCAGCUGCAGCUGCAGCUGCCCUCCUCUGCCCUGCUGGAGGGAGACUUUUACUGGAUCCCUAAACACAACAACAGGUUUGACUAUCAGGCCAGAGGGAAGCUGAGAAUAGAGCAUCAGGAGAGCAUACUUUCAGUGCAGCUUAACGGAACAGCAGGAAGAAUCAGCUUCCGUUCGUCUGUCAGGCAUCCCUUCAAAUCAAAGAUCCCCCGAUCGCUGGAGGUGAAAGCUGCUGUAGACGCUUCAGUGACUGGAAAAGGAAGCAGUUGGUUGCGCGUGACGGCUAAUGGGAAGAACAGGGCGGCUCUUAGCGGCCGGGUGUCCCACCUGCUGCAGAACCGAACCAGAGCAGCGACCCUGAACCUGAACGUGUCCCAGAGCCUUCUACCUGCAGCCACUGACCUGCAGCUGGACGUGGCAGCCAACAUGUCAGCAGACGGUGUGUCUCUGAGUGGCUCCUUCAUGCAGGGACAGGAGGCAUUCAUGGUGCAGGUCAAAGGAUCUGGACAAACCUCUCCGGGUCUCCAGCUUUCCUUCACCGGGAACGUUCACCAUUCAGUGUCUGCAGAGGAAGUUCUGCCUCCAGUUCUGCAUCUGGAUGGAAAGUUGGAGCAUUCAGAUACUUUAACAGAAGGACAUCUGAGAAUCAACGUGAUGGGAACUGGACACGGCGUAGAGCUCAGACACCAGCUGGAUGCAGCAGACAGUCUGGUCAAAGAGACGGGAAUGAUGGGAGAUGGACGCCGACGGACACAUAUCUGGCUUCAUGUUCGCUCCGGGCUCCAGAAGCUGUGUGUUAAUGUCAGCCGCCGGCUGGAGGAGCAGAGAAAGGGAGAAAUAUUCCUUCAGCUUUCGCACACUUUUCACCUGCUCGACACGACAGGCGUACCUGCUGACAGCAGUGCUAAAGCACAGUGGACCUUGGAUGAAGUUGGGCUGGCAGUCCUCGCAGAGCUGCAGGCCGGGACCGAACAUGUCAAAGCUGAGUUUCAUAGAAGCGGGACAGACCUGGAAGGGCAAUACUUCUGCAAGUUACAGCUUCAAGUUAAAGCCCUGCAGAAAAGAGGCCUGGCAAGCUCUCUCCAAGCCAGAGCCUCUUACCAGUUAGAAUUAAAUGGACUUAACACAAGCUUGGUUCUUCAUGUGGAAGAUGAGAAAGCUGCAGAUAUCCAUCUCAUAGUGGGGUCUGAAAACGAAACAGAUGCUAUGGCUGUGAUGCUUUGGCAAGACAUGAAGCUACUCCCAGGCUUCAUACCAAACUACUUACAGAUGAACUGCAGAAGGGUUACCAGCAAAGGCCGACACUCAGCUCACUGCUCUGGAAACAUUAAAAACCAUCCCUUGCAGACUGUAACUGGUCCACAGGCCUCAGCCAACAUCUCCAUCACCCAUUCUGGAUGUGUCACAAACCUUAGUGCAGUUCUGCAGACUGAAGAGGCACAGAAAGGCGCUUUGUUUCUGUCCCUAACCCUCAAUCCUCACCUUAGUCUACAUGCUUCUGUUCUGUACUUUAUAAAUGCACUGAAGACAUUGUCGCUUCCUGAAAGCGGAGCCUCGACACUGAAUGUCCCUGGUGGAUAUUUUCCUCGAGCGGAUUUUAGCUUUGAGCUCGGUCAGUGUUUUAUGAGGGGACAUUUGGGCAAUGCCACAGCUUCACAGGAAGACACUGUGCAGCCUUCUCUGGCUUUGAACGUUACCAGCUACUGUCCUCUGCUUCAGGGGACGAUCGUCCCUCGGUCUCUAAGGCUCUGGGGCCUCCUGUCGGUUACCCCCUGCCAGGUAACAGUGUCAUCCUCUGUAAGGGCUAAUGAGGAGGAUGUGUCUUUAAAGCUAAGUCAGUCCUGCAUAGCUCCGCAUAUUUCGGGGACCAUCACUCAUUCUUUCUUCGGGCUGAAGAGUCGAGGUCUGCCGCAGAUGAUGGCUUUUGAGGCUACAGGUCUGAAAGCCUCAGACCAGGAAGGGGCCGUGGUUGUUACAAUUGGAGGGUGUCAGAUUAGAGCCAGGAGAACGACUAAGGAUAGAGGACUGGGACAUUGGGUCUUGGAGACAGACUGCCCCAUGUUACAGGCUCACGCGAACGCCUCAAUGGGGACGCACCCCGGAGGCAAGUGGACGGCUACAAUGGAGACUGAUCUAAAGGGCGGAGGAGUUUUUCUCAGACUGGAGGCUAAACCCUGGCCAGAGCUGAGUCUGGACAGCGUGCUGGAUCAUGACAGUCCUGCCCUCAGAGCUCUGCCAAGAAGAAGCAGGCUGAGAUUAAGCAGCAGCUCUGGAGGAAACCAUGGAGAGGUUCUGGUUCAGAAGGAGCAGUGUCAUCUCAGAGCCGGCUGGAAUGUGACAUCAUAUCCCGGGCUGGUGAUGUCACUGCUGUACGACAACAACUGCAAGGCUAUUCAGGAGUGGGGCGGUCCGAACAGCAUCCAGGCCUCCGGCUCACUCCUCCACUCACCACAUUCUUUGAACACGCACAUCUUCAUGGUGAUUGACGACAAAGUGUUUCACACUGUGCUAACAGCAACGCAGGCAAAGGGUCAAAAGGAAGCAUUUCUUCAUCUAAACCAUUCAAUGCCGCUGCUGAAGAAAUUUGGCCUUCCCACCAAGGGUUCACUUCAUAUAAAGUCUGUGAAUCAUGAGAAGGAUUCAUACUCAUUUGAAGUCCACAGCAGUGCAGGAACUAAAAAGUUGUCCCAAGAGCUGAAAAUGGAAAAAACAUCUGAGGGCGUGCGGUUGCAGGGUCAAUUUAAGCAUGUGGUAAAUUACCUGAAAAAACUGGGAAUCCCUGAAAACAGCAGCAUCAAGGUAGAGCUUUGUUCUGCUGACAUAAAGACGUUCAGCCUCCAGUCUCAGUGUGGAGAUCCACAGAUGAGCCUCAGACUUCAGCUGAAGACUCUUCCUGCUCUCACAGACAUAAAGGGAACCAUGUGGCACAGCUCAUCAUGGCUGCAUCGCCAAGGACUGCCACGGAAAAUACAAGGGCUCUGUUCCAUUAAGGGAGGAACGUCUCAGAUUUGGUCCAGGGCUCAGCUCAGCGUGGACGGACACAGACUGCUCACAUCUGGGCUGAAUGUCAGCGGUGCUGAUGGUCGCCUGGAUGUCCUCCUGUCCUACUCUCCUCAAGCUCUCAACCAAACAUGGAUGCAGCACCAGCUGGACACCGCUCUAGCUGUUCAGUUCAAAGGUCCUCUGAGGAGCACUUCGUUGGACGUUCACCAUCAGGACUGGAAGUUUUGGCUGGAGGGGGAGGCUGGGGACUGGGGGGCACCUGGAGGUUCCAAGGAGGCCAGGUUCACACUGAGGCACAUCGAACGAGGAGAAAAUGUCCCCACCUUCCAGGUGGAGUCCUGGGGAAGAAUUACUGACUCCCAACUAAGAGGUUCCGUGGCUGUAAACCCUGAACUGAGCUCUUCUUUUGCUCUUAUUGUCCAAGGAAACAGCGCCCCUACUGGAAAGGAGCUGGUGUUGAACGUGGCCCACAACGUCCCCCGGAUGUUGGUCUACCUGCCCUCCCAGUUUGGGCUCCGGUCUCAGUUGAACCAGUCCCAGUCCAGUGGGGCAGCGAUGCUGGAGGUGUUGUCAGGCAGGAGGAAGCUCUGGGCUGUGGGGGAGCUGGCAGCCACAGAGGGGGGAUAUAGGCAGGCUUUGGAGGUCAAACACUCCUGGCCACAGCUAAAGCCUUUUCCCAGGAUCAUGGCAGUCAGAACGUCCUACGAGCUCCAGAGGUGGAGCUACGCCCUCCAGCAGGCCACCGUGUGGGGCAAUGAUGAGUUCAGCCUGUCUGCUCUGUACUGCAGCCCUCCUGGCCUGGAGGGGGCCAAUCACACCCUGAAGGUUCAGAUCAGCGGCGUUCCCCGCUCUACCAGCAUGGAGGUUUUACACGACCGUUCUUUACAUGGAAACCUAGACAGGAUAUCACUGGGCUGGAAGAGAAACGGCCAAACAGAGAAGGUCCAAGUUCUACGUUCAUGGAGUCAGUCUGAGGAUUUCAAGGAGACCAAGAUGGAGCUUAAGCAUCCGUUCUGCUCCGCUCUAAGCCAGCUGUCGCUGCGCAUUCUGUCACCUGGCCUACGGAGGAAGAGAAGCAGCAGGCAUCAGACCCAUCUGUCCUGGAACGGUGCGGUUCCGGUCAACAUCUCUCUCAGCCUGUACAAACUGAACUCCAAUGCUGGCAGGGCGUGUGUGCUGCUUUCAGCUCGGCAGACGUCGGUGUCCUCUGGGAGGGGCUGCGUAUCGGUGGGUCAUGGGGGAAACUUGUAUUCACAAACUGCAGAUGUAACAUGGCACAACAAGAGCUUCAGACAAGGGAUGACAUACCAGAAAAGUAACCAGGGACUACAUGGCCUUCAGAUAUACAUUGAUUUGGACAGAGUGUCCCCUGGACCCUGUCACUCCCACAUGUUCUUGGCUAAAGUUCAGACGAACCUCAGGGAUCGUUUGGAGCACAGAGUGGAAGUUGGCAUUUGUCCUGAACAGCCUAUCUCAUGGUGGGCCGGAUCUCACAGAGUGAACUCAGGAGAUGAGCUGUUCUCCACUCGGUCUAACCUGUCAAUAACUGGUCACCAGUCCAGCUUCACGCUGGUCCUCUCAAACUCCUCCACAGCCAAGGGAACCAAUGUCUCUCUGUCUACUGAGUCGAUGGUGGGUAACUGGAGCUUGGGGCUGGUGGGCAGCGCCCUGUCUUGGACCAGUGGAUCGGGUCUCCAGGUGCAGGCCGCUAUAGACGGUAGACAGAAGAUUUGGCUCAAUGGGACGAUAGAGGGACGCUGUCUUCGGACUACAGCAGGUUACAUCAACGGUUCAGACCUCUGUGAGGAUCUGAGUGCAGUGGCGUGUGCAGGAUUUAAUCACAGCUUACGGGCAGAUGUGCAGAGAAGAGAAGGCUGCAGAGAGUCUGAGACGCUGGGAAGUCUGUCCCUGGAAAAGGCCAAUCAGAGGCUGAUACUGACAGCGGAGGGCCGGAUGGAAAGAUUAACCGCAGCAGAGGAGCAGUUUGACUUCCUGAGCUCCCAGAUAAAGAAGCAUCUCAUAGAGAAGAUAAAGCCACUGCAGCAUCUUCUCACAGAAAUGCUAAAACAGCCUUCAGACCAGCAGCUGCUGCAGCAGAGAAGCUCUCUUCCUGUUCUUGUUUCACGGCAGGCGAAGGCCCCACUGGGCCGAGGAGACACAGGUCUGCUGUCUCUGUGGCUGAGGAGCUCCCUGCGACGUGCACUGACCAGCAGCUUGCCUGACUUUCUGGGUCGGCUUCAUCAAGCCUCUCUGCUUGGACAGCAGGAGCUCAGACGGCCUCUGGCUACUCUAGCAGGUGUGUACCAGGACGUGAAGGGGCAGAGGCUGGAGGCAGCAUGGAGGGAGGCUGUUGGGAUAUGGACGGACAGGCUGAUGGAUGUCCUACAUGCAGAACUGGAGAACCCCCACCUCAGACUCCUGUCGGUAGCAGGACUGUCAGCCCUCAGAGCUGCUCUGGAUGCGGCAGGCCAGCAGACCUACCACUGGGUGGACACCAGGCUGGCCAUGGCUUUGUCUGGGGUCGGGAAGAGGCUGGCUUCUUUCUUCAAAUUCACCCCGAGAGAAGGUGUAGUCAGCGUGUCGCUGCCGCUGCUAAAUCUAAACUUAUCAAGGGUUGCUGAAGUUGGGCAGUUGAAAGUGGUGCUGGAGGAAUGGCUCCUGAGGCCCCUGCUGGCCCUGUUCUCCAUCAGACCUUCUGCUGAGCUUUAUCGCUUGAAGAGGAAAAUCAUGGACGGCCCAUUCAUACGUAAGCUAGUUAUGUGUCAACAUGUUCAUGUCAGGCACAGCUUUCAGUUAGGUUUGUAAUCGUCCAGAUGUGUUGUGUUCCUUUUAAAGGAAAAGUCUAAGA